UUCACUCCUAACACGAAGUAGGCGGGCUCACCGGGAUGCCCUGGAAGCGGAAGUGCUUUUUAAAAGGAAAAUGGUAACUCCGUAGGCUCCGUGCAGUGGUGACGUGACAUUCGCCUUGAUUCUUUGGCUGGGGGAGGAUAGAGCUGAGGAAGCGGCUGGUGUUGCCUGGGCUCUUGUCAACGACUUCGUGAGGGCGGCUCUGAGGGUCGAGACUAGCUGUUGCGUGACCCUCUCGGCGGGGCCAGGCCGAGCCGGGCCGCCGCUUCAGAGGCGAAACUCUUCUGUUCCCGAUCACAUUUGAAUUGUCUUUGAAGCCGCCAAAAUGGUUUUAGCAGAUCUUGGGAGAAAAAUAACCUCAGCGUUGCGCUCACUGAGCAAUGCUACAAUUAUCAAUGAAGAGGUUUUAAAUGCUAUGUUAAAAGAAGUAUGUACAGCAUUACUAGAAGCUGAUGUCAACAUAAAGUUAGUGAAACAACUGAGAGAAAAUGUCAAAUCUGCUAUUGAUCUUGAAGAGAUGGCUUCUGGUCUUAACAAAAGGAAAAUGAUUCAGCAUGCUGUCUUUAAAGAACUGGUUAAGCUUGUAGAUCCAGGAGUCAAAGCCUGGACUCCGACAAAAGGAAAACAGAACAUAAUAAUGUUUGUAGGACUGCAGGGAAGUGGCAAGACAACAUCCUGUUCAAAGUUGGCAUACUAUUACCAGAGAAAAGGUUGGAAGACAUGUUUGAUAUGUGCAGACACUUACAGAGCAGGUGCUUUUGACCAGUUAAAACAGAAUGCAACAAAAGCAAGAAUUCCAUUUUAUGGCAGUUACACAGAGAUGGAUCCUGUCAUUAUUGCAUCAGAAGGUGUUGAAAAAUUUAAGAACGAAAAUUUUGAAAUAAUAAUUGUUGAUACAAGCGGUCGUCACAAGCAGGAAGACUCUCUUUUUGAAGAAAUGUUGCAAGUUGCUAAUGCCAUACAACCAGAUAAUAUUGUUUAUGUAAUGGAUGCCUCUAUUGGUCAAGCCUGUGAAUCUCAAGCAAAAGCCUUCAAAGAUAAAGUGGAUGUUGCUUCUGUGAUUGUGACAAAACUUGAUGGCCAUGCAAAGGGAGGUGGUGCUCUCAGUGCAGUUGCUGCCACUAAAAGUCCAAUCAUUUUUAUUGGUACUGGAGAGCACAUAGAUGACUUUGAACCUUUUAAAACACAACCUUUUAUCAGCAAACUUCUUGGUAUGGGAGAUAUUGAAGGAUUGAUAGAUAAAGUAAAUGAACUGAAAUUAGAUGACAAUGAGGCACUCAUAGAGAAAUUAAAACAUGGUCAGUUUACUUUGAGAGAUAUGUAUGAACAGUUCCAAAACAUCAUGAAAAUGGGACCCUUCAGUCAAAUCUUGGGCAUGAUCCCUGGUUUUGGGACAGAUUUUAUGAGUAAAGGCAAUGAACAAGAAUCUAUGGCAAGGCUAAAAAAGUUGAUGACCAUAAUGGACAGUAUGAAUGAUCAAGAGCUUGAUAGCACAGAUGGGGCCAAAGUGUUCAGUAAACAACCAGGAAGAAUCCAAAGAGUAGCGAGAGGUUCCGGUGUUUCAACAAGAGAUGUUCAAGAACUCCUGACACAGUACACAAAAUUUGCACAAAUGGUGAAAAAGAUGGGAGGCAUCAAAGGACUCUUCAAAGGAGGUGAUAUGUCAAAGAAUGUUAACCCAUCCCAGAUGGCAAAACUGAACCAACAGAUGGCAAAGAUGAUGGAUCCCAGAGUUCUUCAUCACAUGGUAUGUGACUUCCUUGGGGAAAAGAUCGCCUCUGUCUUGGGAAUCAGUACACCAAAAUACCAGUAUGCCAUAGAUGAAUACUACAGGAUGAAGAAAGAGGAGGAAGAGGAAGAAGAAGAGAACAAAAUGUCUGAAGAAGCAGAAAGAAGGUAUCAAGAGGCACAGACCCAGAAGCAGGAAGGAAAUGCUGUUCAGACUGAUCAGCCAGAGGCUGCAACCUGUAAUACAUUUGUCAAUCUAAACUUUGAAACUGAAGAUGACUGCCCACCUAUUAUGGAAAGUAAACAGGACAUCACUCCUGUGUCUGCUUAGAAUGAAAACAUUGCAUAAUAAUUCCAUGUUACAGUUUGUAGGUCUGUCUUAUGCAUAUUCAGUGGGAUGUAAUUUAUUUAAAAGUUUCAUUUUGGGGGAAAGAUUAAUAAUGUCUCUUUAGUCACCAUCUGUCUAAAAAGGCCUGUCUAUUAGAUUGUAACAUGCAAGUAAUUGGGUCCUAAAACUAACUACUUCCUAUGCAGAGCAAGUAAAAUGUCUUUAUUUCUGAACAUCUGGUGCCUUGUGGACAGAUAACUGUGCUUAUUUGUGUUUUCAGGUUGACUUUAUAGUUAUAAUGUUACUUGAUGGAAGACUGCUAGACUAAGUAGAACUAACUCACAAGGCAUCUUUGUGACUUACUUUAAUUGCCACUACUAUUGCAUGUGUUUUCACUCAUACAGUUUAUAGCAACAUGGCUUUGUUUAGUACCUGUCAAACUGUUUUCUAGAUGACUUUACCUGACAGUUUUGUUGUCUUGUAAAGGACUGCCCUAUUAUUGGUUUUCCUAAAGCAUACUGUUACAGCUUCAUAGAAAGAAAUUUAAUAUACAGAGCCAGUCAGUUAAAUAUGUGUAAAUGCAAGGUAUACCUUGCCUAGUUUGCAAGGUAUACCUUUCAUAUACCUUACCUAGUAUAUGAAAACACUUUCUCCAGGACAAUCCUUAACUAAUUUUCACCAGACAGCCACAAGACAAAUGUUUAUAGGUGCUGAGAAUUGUGCCGAGAAGGAAACUCAGCUGGGACUCCAGCAUUCAAAAGCUUUGACAGUUUGUCUCUACUUUGUAAGAUUUUGGAAUGGGAGCUAAACUUCCUGAAUACUUGGAGUGAAAAGUUUUUUUAAAAAGUGUUGUUCAUGAAGCUUAGCUAAGGUCUGCUAAAUUAGUUACUGGUAUUACACUUUUGCACCCCCGCCCCCUACUUGCCUAAGUUUAAAAACCAGGCUAAAUUAAUUAUAGGGAUUGAUUUUUUUGUAUUUAAACAAGAUCUAUUACAGCAACAGAGAGCAGUUUUCUAGUUGACAAGGUAUUCUAGCUCUAGUAUAUGGAAACACUUUCCCCAGGACAAUCCUUAACUAAUUUUCACCAGACAGCCACAAGACAAAUGUUUAUAGGUAUUCAGGAAAGGAUGCAGAAGGUCUUCAUAAAAAGUUGUGCCUAAACUGUUUGAGUCUUGGCUUUUGGUGGGCCGACUGAACUUUUGUUUCUUUAAAACACACUUAAUGGAUUUAACUUUGUCUCGAGUCCUUUUACUAAAAACCUGUGCACUUGUCUAAUACAAGCAGGGGUUGGGAGGCAGCAGCACAAUGCACACCCAUGCUGUUCUUCAGUACCUGGGAGAACCAAAAAGACACCAGUUGAUAAAUCUGGGAAGGCAGAGAACACACACAAUUGAUAUAAUCUUUUUCAGGCAGGUGCUCAGAAGAGAACUUUGUGAAGUUUUGCUUAAUUUGAGAAUGUUAUGAUAGCUUUAACUAAAGAUAGUUGGAACUAUUUAAUUUUAAAGUUUGCAUCCCUCUUUGACUAGAGAAUCAUGCUUAUUUCAGGUCAGCCUUAAACUAUAUAUGUUAAGUCUGUGUUGAAUAUCGUUAUAUAAAGUGACAAGCCCAAGGCAUCACGGUUAAGAAUGGAAUAUUUUGAUUGCCCAGAUUUGCUAGCCAAAAUGUUCUUGCUACAUGGAAUGGGGAUGUGCUCACUGUCAUCGAGUUGCUCUAGUCAGCUGUGCCUUACCUUUAAUAUUUCUUUUGUGUAUGUGUAUGCAAAUGGUACAAAGUGUUUUAUGUAAAUGCAUUAAAAUUUUAUAUUUAAUAUAAUUUUAA